AACAGUUUCACGUGGCUGUUUAUGGUGGAGAGAGAGUCAUGCUUUUCCCCCCAGUCACUCAGAAAAUUAAAGGAGAAGGCUGCCACAGAAGUGUGUCCCCCGUCAGCCGAGACACUGAAGAAUGGCAUAACACCACACACACUUCUGAGGAUGGAUUCUCCGCCAGAGUGUGUGUUGUCUCUUUCUUGUGAGCAGCCCCAGUCUCCCCCAACACUGCCGUCCCUGGACCACAGCCCCCAGGCCUCCUCACCUCGCACCCAGCUCUCUCUACCCAAUAGUCCUGUCGUCCUGCCCAUUCAAAGCCCCGAACCUUCCCCGCAGAGCCCGGACACCACGCCUUAUUUCCCCCUCUCUCCUUUUCCCCUUCACGAGGACAAUAACCACGACGCUGAUGAAGAGGAUGACGAGGAAGGGCUGGAUGGAGUUCCUCCGUCCCCGACCCCAGCAGUGGCUCUGUUCCCAGGAGGAGGGGGACAAGAAGCUGGAUGCAGCCCUUGCUUGGACUCCUCUCCGCCAGCCACACCAUCAGCACCGCCCCUUGGGUUCGGAGCCCUGGAGCUUGCCCUCUCAACUGGGCAGAGUGGAAACUGCAGCGACGAGCUAGACCUCCAGCUGUUUCAGAAAGAUACCGUGACCAGGGCGAUACCUGGAGUGGGAGUGGCUUCAUCUGGGCCAGCGCUCAGGUUUCCCUGUCAUGUAUGCGGGAAGAGAUUCCGAUUCCAAAGCAUUUUGUCUCUUCACGCCCGAGCUCACAGUCUGGACCGAGACCGUCGAGCAUCAGCCCUGUACCGGACUGGACUCCCCUCAGCACCCCUAAAGCAACACCUAAAAAUCCAACAGAACCACAAAGACUUAAUCCCGAAUCACAGAAGUCACCCAAACCAGCGCAUACUGCCAGGGACUCUCAUCCAGCACCUCACAGAAGAAGAUGAUGAUGAGGUCAAAGGUCUAGAUGACGGCUUACAGACAGACCAGAACCCAAACUUUUUGCUGGAUGACAGCACACCAUUGACCCCUCCACUCACAGAGGAUCCUGUUUCUGUGACCCCUCCUUAUUCUUCUACCAUUGGGGAGGGUGUGUCUACUCCUACAGCGCCUACAUUUCGCUGCCAUGCCUGCAAAGGAAAAUUCCGCACGGCUUCAGAGUUGGCGCGCCAUGUCCGCAUUCUCCACAACCCGUAUAAAUGCACUCUUUGUCCUUUCUCUGCCAGCCAAGAAGAGAGCCUGGCAUCUCACUUGCAGGAGUGCCACCCUUCCCCUGAGGUACCUGCUCUGCCGCCGACCUUCAAUUCCAGACCGGUCAUUGCGACUCCUGAUACUCCUGUGCCCACACCGACCCAUACUCCAGCCCCGACCCCAAAUACCCCACAAGUGACAGCAGCAGCGUCCCCUACGUUGCCAGCAUUUCGCUGUGAUACAUGUGGACAGCGGUUUACCCAGUCUUGGUUCUUGAAGGGACACAUGCGAAAGCACAAAGACUCCUUGGACCAUAAGUGCCAAGUGUGCGGCCGUGGCUUCAAAGAGCCUUGGUUCCUCAAAAACCACAUGAAAGUACAUCUCAACAAGCUUGGGCUGAAGGCCGGGCUGGGAACUCUCGGGGGACCAGGAGGCACAGAACAGCAAGCCAAAGGCCCUGCAAGUAAUCAGUCUCUCAAUGCCCUUUAUUCAAGCCUCCUUCUGGCUCAGCAAAGAGGUGGAAGAGGUGGACAAGGAAGAUCAGAUAGGGAGAGUGGGGGAAGAAUGGGCAUGGGCUCAAGCAAGUCAGCCAUUCUGGGCUACCUGGGGUUGCCUAGUGAUGGCAGUGGGGCCAGUUGCAUGGAAAGACUUCAAGCAGUGGCUCAGGUCGCAGAGAUGGGAAAUGGUGGUGGCAGCUCAGGAGAAGGAGGCCCAGGAAGAGGAGGGGGAGCAACUAGAGGAGGCAGCACAGGUGAAACUACCGCAUCAAUUCCAGAAGUGGGCGACCAGGCAACUUGGUGGCAGCUGGUGGCUCGCAGCCUGGCAGUAGCUCAGCAGCAGCAGCAGCAGAGGCCCCACCAGCGAGGCCAGCAGCACGGCCAGCGAGGCCCAGGUCGGAGCUCUGUGAUCACAGAGGCCGAGCAAGUCAGAGCUUACCUCGGAGGCCUUGAUCCGAGAGAAGAGUCUGGCGGAGCAGGAGGGCCAUGGGAAUGCCCAGACUGCGGAAAGCUAUUCCGCAGUCUGCAGCAGGUGGUGGUUCAUGCUCGGGUUCAUACUCAGAGGCCCCAGAAAGGAGGUGGUGGCGAAGAGGAGGGGAGUCGUAGAGGAGCGGUACUUGGAAGAGGUGGCAGCGGCGAAGUGAGACAGGAAUCUCAGCUACACAGUGGCGGAUCCCAACAAACGGGGGAAGUGAGACAGGAAUCAAAACUGCACAGUGGUGGAUCACAACAAGCAGGAGCAGCUACAGGGUUUCACUCUGUCAUCUCAAGCUUCAAAGGAGAAAAUGGCCUGACUGCAGUCUCCUCCAUACCUUCAGUUCCCACCAGGGAGCGAGUGCGUGGCAGAGGGAUAAAAGACUGCCCCUACUGUGGUAAAGCCUUCCGCUCUUCACACCAUCUCAAAGUGCACCUGAGAGUUCACACAGGUGAGAGACCCUACAAAUGUCCCCACUGUGACUACGCUGGCACCCAGUCAGGCUCGCUUAAGUACCACCUCCAGCGACACCACAGGGAGCAACGCAACGCCUUGUCAGCUUCCUCCAAUUCCUCCUCCACUGGUCUCACCUCCACUAUCAACAGUCUGACCUCUGGAACCUCUGGGCUGGCCAAGCAGCGCCGAUCCCAGCUCAACCACUGCCCCGUCAAUCGAGGCCAAACUGAUGCCCCCACCUCACGGCCCAGCCAGCAAUCCUGGCUCCUGGGGCUCCCAGACCAGCGGGAGCAUCGGAAGGCUUUGGCAGCUCUAAGGGAUGUCGACCUGGAGACCCAGUAUAGGUAUCUGUCUGGGGUGAUGGGGGCCCUUUACCAAGGUGGAAUGGAAGGAGGCUGGAUCAGGGAGUCUCCCCCACCGAAGGCUCCCAAAGUGUCCCGCCGCAAGCCCCUUACCACAAGCCGAAUGGUUCAGCCAUCGAGUGACAAGGAAGGGUCUGCAACUCAAGAGGGUGGCUUUGAACCCUUGGAUCUGUCUCGUCGCCCCUCACCUGGCCUUGGAGGCACAGAGGAUGAUGGAGGUAUGAGCGUAGCGGAAGGAGGAGGUGUUGUUGGUGGGGAUAGUGGAGGAGAUACUUCAGCAGGGGUCAAACUGAGCCAGUGUUUGUUCUGCCCUUUCCGUACAUCCUCAGCCGAGCUAAUGGCUAUGCACCUUCAGGUCAACCACACCAGUAAGUCCCGGCGCAAAAGAGCUUCUUCAACUACCUUGGAUGACGAUGGAGCCCCAAAGACCACCAAGCCCCGGAUGGAUCAGCCUGACCUCGACUCUCUAACAAUAUGGAGGCAUGUGGCCGAGGCAGAGUCUCAGGCACCUUUGAGGGAAUGGUCCUCAACCCAAGCCAAGACCCUGAACGGGCUCUCUGAGGAUACAGACGACCAUCUGGACGACAUCCUCGACCACCCAGACAUGGCUUCGGUAUCCAAGAAUGUAAGAGACGAUCUGCCUCUUAAGGGGAAGAUGGAAGGGGAUGAAGAGGAGCAAGAAGAUGAGUUGGAAGAGACUUUGGAGAACAGCAGUCUGGAGGAUUCAGAGGACCAGGAUCUAAGGAUGUCCCUCGCUCUUUCACCUGCCCUGAGCUCCAACCACAUGGUGGGAGAGGAGGAAAGAGUCUUAACAGAUUAAAACGAUAUGGGAUGGCACCAUUUUAAUCAGAGAGUUGGGUUCAUUGUUUUCAACCAUAUUUUAGACUGGAUUGAAGACGAACAGGUAGCUUUGAGGACAGAGGAUUCACAGCUAUCAUUUUCUCUCUGACAUUAUUCGCCUACUUCAGUUCCAACAGUGUGGUCAUCCACAACAUAAACUUCCUGUACAAAAGAGCAUAGAUGCAUCUUUUUGAUGGGAUCUUGUUGGCCACUUCAUGUUUUUUUUUUUCAAGCUUCACAUCAAGAUGAAUGAUUUUUAAGGUGAUCUCCUCUUUGAUAAAUGAAAGAAACAUGUCUAGGGCAUCAUUCCACAUUUAUUCCACACUAAUAUUGGACUGUAUAUCCCAGACUACUAUACUGACCAAGCUGAAGCCAGCUGUGAAGAGAUGCUCUCCUGUAUGACCCAUGAACAGUUUGGAAACCUCAAACUUCAGGCUCUUUCUCAACAUACAAAUAUGUGGAGGAAAGUUUAGUCGAGAAAGGUUUCAAGCUGUGCACCUGAGCUAAGCUAUUUGGUAUUAAUUUAAGGCAUGAGGUUACUGUUGCAGGCCGUGUGCUUUCCCUAAACUAUAUAUCACUGCCUUGUUUAUUUGAGAAGUGUUUCUACACGAUUGUCCUGAAGAAAAGCUAAAAGAAACAGUUUGUAACUUUUUUUUUCUUUUUCAGUUAGUGCCUGUUCAUGUGUGUCAUCAAGAGAGUUUCCGGUAUUCCUGAGGCUCCGAUAGGUCACUCAUUUUAUCUGAAUAUACAGUUUAAAACAAUUUAAGUACAGUAUAUUUGUUAAAAGUGGUUCUAGGGUGUUGUGAAUAGUUAAGUUGUAAAAGAAAUGAUGCAUCAUAAAUGCCAGACGUUUUUGGCUCAGCUCGAAAAGAAAACAAAAAAGUAGGUGAUAUAAAUAAUGUGAUAAAAGAGGUAAACAGCUGAGCGAUAAAAAUGGGGUCACAGUUCAAAUUUCAGUGUUUACAAUGGCGCCCUAUGCGGGUUGGGUUGUCAAGGCAGUGUAGAUGCGUGGAAAAGAACAAAACUUGGAGCGGGAGUCUGUUUGAGGGCCGAAGCCCCUGAACACAAUCAACGGACACGUUUUUAAAGAGACUUAGCUACUGUGUCAUACAGUUUCUCCAUAGGAGAAAAGAUACAAGGUAGAGGCCGAAAAAGAAAGCCGCCAAACAGGUUUAAAUCUGAGAAACAAACUGUACUCUCGGGGGUAUGGUGUCUUUUAGAUGAGUAGAUUCCCUCUCUUCUUUUUUUUUUAUAAGAAAAGAAAAGACAAUGGUAGGAGUAAUUAUUAAAACACUAACAAAUGCAUAGACAUCCCAGUAGAAUAUGUGUAGCUUUUGUAAAGACAAGAAAAAAAAGCAGACUUUUGUUUAUUUUCGUUUCAAGAUGCUUACAGAAAAAGGUUAUCAAUAUAGGUAAUAUUGAUUAUAAUGUUUGUGAGCUAAGACUAGUUGGAAUGUCUAUACAGAGCACUGUGCAAGGUUUGAGUUCCCAAAGUAGUUGUUUUUAUUUCGACCUUUAUGGAUAGACCAAACGUUUUUUCAAUGGAAGUUGUCACUUUCUGUUGUUGUUUUUAAAUGUGUGAAGCUGUGGUUUCCAUAGAUUAACCCCAUCAAUUAGCGGAAAUUUGUCAGUUGCAUCAAAUAUCCAACCAUUGAAGUGGUUGUUAAAUAAAUUUAAAAGCUGUUUUUUGUGAAAACAUCAACAUGUUACUGCUAUGAAUUAAAACAAUCAUAAAUUAUUGAGUUUUAAAGAGAUAAAAAAAAAAAGAACAUCCCCCGAAUGCUGGUUAACCCUUUGAAACCUGAGCAAGAUGGCUUGAUUUCU